GGUUUUCCUUCAAAAAAUUGUUGGAGUUUUGAGAACAAAAUUAAAGACGAAGAUGAAGGCGUUGGGGUAUUGGUUAAUGGUGGUUGGUUCACUGAGACUAGCUUCUGUUUGGUUUGGUUUCUUCGACAUUUGGGCUCUUCGUCUCGCUGUCUUCUCUCAGACCACCAUGAGUGAAGUUCAUGGACGUACAUUCGGAGUAUGGACACUCUUGACCUGCACUCUCUGCUUUCUUUGUGCAUUCAACCUCGAAAACAAACCAUUAUAUUUGGCUACCUUCCUAUCGUUUAUCUAUGCCUUAGGCCAUUUUCUGACUGAAUACCUCUUUUACCAAACAAUGACCAUCGCGAAUCUCUCAACUGUGGGCUUCUUUGCAGGCACAUCGAUUGUGUGGAUGCUCUUGGAGUGGAAUUCCCUUGAACAACCACACUCCAAAUAUUAUUGAUAUUAGUCCGGAUCCCCUGUUACUAAGUCUUUCUGCCUUUCAAGCUUUUCUAAAAGUUGGAAUCAUCUGAGUUUUUUGCUAGAUCCCUAAAGCUGUUGAUUCAUUGUAUCAUCUAAAUCUUUUGACAUCUUUGAUGGAGUCUUGAACGUGAGACUUGGUAAGAUUGAAUAUUGAUUUUAUGGUUUAAGUAAGUGUUGUUCAUUGCUUUUGAAACAGAGAUUUGAGUUUAGUGUAUUAAUGCAUGUAGUAGAUUAUGAUUAUACAAAAGCCUCCUUUUGGCUAAAGCAGGGGAACUAUUUCUUGCAUUCCUUUUUUAUUUCUUUUGUAUCCAAAAUAAUUCUAUUUUCCUUCU